AUGAAUGGUUGGACAGACAAAAGUUUUACUGGACUAUUAGAAAUCCUUUGUGAUAUGUUUCCCAAAAACAAUGUACUUCCUGAUUCCAUGUACUCAGUUAGGAAAUUUUUGAGAAAUUUUGAUUUGAAAUAUGAAAAGAUUGAUGCUUGUAUUAAUGAUUGUUGCUUAUUUAGAAAGGAGAAGGCUAAAAUGGAUGUUUGUCCUAAGUGUAGUGUUUCUAGAUGGAAAGUUGAUAAACACACAAAGAAUGUUAAAGUUGGUGAGGCUGCCAAAGUUUUGAGGUAUUUUCCGAUAAUACCCCGAUUGAAAAGAUUGUUUAGAUCAAAAGAAAUGGCUGAAAACUUAAGGUGGCAUUUCACUCAUAAAAGUAUUGAUGGGAAGAUGCGACAUCCAGUGGAUACACCUGCUUGGGAUUCCAUUAAUGAAAGAUGGCCAGAGUUUAAUCUUGAACCACACAACCUUAGGUUCGGACUAGCUGCUGAUGGAAUUAACCCCUAUAAAAGUCUAAGCUCCACUUAUAGUUGUUGGCCAGUGAUGCUUGUUAUCUAUAAUUUACCACCUUGGUUUUGCAUGAGGGACGAAAAUACAUUUUUGUCAUUAUUGAUUCCAGGUCGUAAACAACCUGGAAACGAUAUUGAUAUUUAUUUGGAGCCUCUUAUUGAAGACUUAAACAAAUUGUGGAAUAAUGGAGUGCAUACUUAUGAUGCAUUCGACAAAAGCUUCUUCAAUUUGAAGGCAAUGUUGCUGUGGACAAUAAACGAUUUUCCUGCAUAUGGAAAUCUUGCUGGGUGUACAACCAAAGGCAAGACAGCUUGCCCGAUUUGUGGUAAUGAUACAUGUGCAACUAGGCUGAAACAUAGUAAAAAAAUUUCAUACCAAAAUACUAGGAGAUUUCUCCUAUUUGAUCAUCCAUAUCGGUCUAAGAAAGCAUGGUUCAAUGGAGCUACAGAAGAAAGAGGCCCCCCUAAAGUUUUGAGUGGCAGUGAAAUUGUUGAAGAACUAAAUCAAAUUACCAACGAUUUUGGAAAAAAUAUGAAUCCCAAAAAAAGGAGUCGGGAUAAUAAGGUGGAAGGAAUGUGGAAGAAGAAAUCUAUAUUUUUCAAUCUACCAUAUUGGGAGGUUUUGUUAGUUCGUCAUAAUUUGGAUGUUAUGCAUAUAGAAAAAAAUGUGUGUGAUAGUAUUAUUAGCACAUUGUUGGACUUGAAUGGAAAAUCCAAAGAUCAUCUUAAUGCUCGAUUGGAUUUAAAGGAUUUGGGUAUCACGAAGGCCUUACAUCCGGUGGAGAAAGAUGGGAUUAUACGACUUCCAGCAGCAUCUUACACACUUUCUAGAUCAGAGAAGAAAAUGUUUUGCCAAAGGUUAUUUGAUUUAAAGUUACCUGAUGGUUAUAGCUCAAACAUUAGUAAUUGUGUAGUAGUUGAGGAACGUAAGUUGAUGGGGCUUAAGUCUCAUGAUUUCCAUGUCUUAAUGCAACAAUUGCUGGUAGUGGCCAUUCGAGGAUUGAUGGAGGAUGGUCCAAGAGAGGCAAUUAUAAGACUUAGCAAAUUUUUUAAUGGAAUAUGCCAACAUGUGGUUGACGUAAAAGAAAUCAUAGAAUUGGAAGCAGAAGUAGUUGAAACAAUUUGUAUGUUUGAAAGAUAUUUUCCUCCUUCAUUCUUCGACCCUAUGGUACAUUUAGUUGUUCACCUUGGACGAGAAGUGUUAUUAUGUGGUCCUGUUCAAUUUCGAUGGAUGUAUCACUUUGAAAGAUAUAUGAAGUUACUUAAAGGGUAUGUGAUCCAACCUACACAUCCCGAAGCAUCUAUUGCUGAACGUUACAUUGCAGAUGAGUCAAUGCGCUUUUGUGCAUCAUUUUUUAAACAAUCUAAUGACGAAGGUUCCUUCAUUGGACAUAACAAAUAUAAUGAUAGUGAUGUGAUACUUGAAGGUCGUCCACUUCAUCGUGGUGUAACUGUUACACUAAAUGAUAAGGAUCUAGCUAGUGCACAUCGCUAUUUUUCUACUGCAGAAUUUGAUGCUAUGUUAUCAAGAGUAGCACAUGGUCCUGGUAAAGCAGUCAUAUCCUAUAAGGGAUAUGUUAUUAAUGGGCAGCGAUUUCAUACUAAGGAUGCAGAGAGAACGACACAAAAUAGUGGUGUUUAUAUGGAAGCAACAACAAUGUGUAGAUCUAGUGCUAAAGAUGAUGCACAAUUGGCUGAUGUUGUAGGAUAUUAUGGGUGCAAUUGGGCACAUGUUGGCAAGGGUGUAAAGAAGGUUGAUUGGUAUACUCUUGUAAACCUACACCAAGGACAAAAAGAGUUUGUUAGAGAACCAUUUAUACUUGCUUCACAAGCUAAACAGAUAUUUUACGCAAGGGAGAAUGAAAAUUCAAAUUGGUACAAUAUGGAGACUAGAAAAAAGAAGCAGGAUGGAAGUUUAGUCAAUGAAAAGGAUUGA